UUACCUUUACCUUUACCUUUACCUCAAAAUAGGUAUCACAAGCUAAAAGAAAGUCUCUCUUGCUACUAUUUUGCUGCCAAUUUGGACGGAGUGAUACAUACGCCCGCCCCUUCCUUUCAUUUUAACUUCAACAUCACCUGGAUACCAAAAAAAAUAUAUACUUCCUUAUCUACUGAACAGUAUUGCAGGAUAAGUUGCGCACGAAUUCAUACAUACAGCCCACCUCAAGAUUUAUUAUUUCCAGGUCAAUUUAAAUUAAACAGGGUAGCUGGGCCAACACAGGAUCUUUUCCACUUCCUCUCGCUAUCACAACCAAAACUCCAGAAGUCUUUUCAAAUUCUAAGCCUCAAUUUCCGAAUGAAUCUUCAGUGUAACCAAUAAAUCAUUGUCCGCCACCAGGUCCAAUAAUCCAGUUCGUUGUUUCGACUUAUAAAGCACCAGGAUCUUUUCCAUAUACGUUUUGAGCUUUGCAACUGAAUCUGGUCCGAACCGCCCCUUCAAUUAUGGUGAAGGCAGAUUUCGAUCGGGAUUACUAUGCUGAUCUCGAGAUUGAUUCAAGUGCAUCGAUAAAUGAGAUUAAGAAGCAAUUUAGGAAACUUGCUCUCGUGUACCAUCCAGAUCGUAAUUUAGGAAAGGAAAGCGAUAUAACUGCCAAAUUCCAAGCCAUUCAAUCCGCACACGAAGUUCUUACGGAUCCGUCAGAGCGACAAAGAUAUGACGAUGCUCGAUCGAGGUUUAGAUAUACAUCCGCUUCAGCUUUCAGAUCUACGAAAGGAAAUCCUUAUUCAAAUUAUGGCUCCGAAUUCCCUCGUCCGCCCAAACCACCGCAAUAUCGACCCAAUAGAAAUCCUCCCCCACAAUCUGCUGGUGCUGCGAGAUAUUCCACUUUCACAACACCGAAACAAUCAGCCAGCGCGGCGGCACAAGAAGGGCCCGAGGCGAGGAAAAGUACGUUCAAUGCAUGGGAGAGCAUGAAGGGUCACCAGAAGACACCAUCAUCCGGUUACAGAACUGGUUCAGGCCCGACAUGGACUACACCAAAAGCAGCGCCCAAGGAGUACACUUCUCAGCCAAGUCGUGAAGAUAGCAGCUUCAGGGGCUAUAAUGUUCCUCCAAGAGCCAAGCCAGGAUUCGACGACUACACGUCUGACCCUCCACGAAAACCAAGUAAUCCUCCACCUCCUAUACCAAAAAGAAAUGGGUUCAUGCCUAGCAAUCCAGGAGCGGAUGAGCCAUCUGCAGGAAAGGGCAAUUACUCUACCUCCCGUGUCAAUAGAAACAUGCCGCCACCACCGCCACCAAGAGAUUCCCCAUCAUUCGAGCGGGAACGUGAGAAGGAGGAUACUCCACCUGAUGCUCCACCCGUCAAUCAUAAUACCCGUCCAUCGGCGAAGACAAAUGAUCCGUUGCGACAUGAUCCUUUGCGACAAUUCAGGACCGAAGAAGAGUCACCAUACGAGCCUCGUAUCAGUACACCAUAUGCCAGUGCCGGAGGAGAGAAGUUUGAUCCAUUUGACGCUGCCAAUAUAGGAAGGUCGAAGAGUACUCGAGAAAAUGUUGCUGAACCAAAAAGUAGAAAGCCUAUUCCACGUGCGGGAUCUGAUCCAAAUUCGCCCUCCCCACGUCCAAAUGGUACCGCAAAAAGUAGCCCCUCCAAGACGACACAUGCAUUUGCAUCCUCUCCUGAUUCAUCGGAUUCCGGUAAUGGCCCAGAGAUCAAUCCUCAGAAACCACGGGUAUUUGCCAAGCCUAGGAAACCUGCGCCCGCUCAAGAACAAAAACAGGCAGAUGCUGCUCCACCAGAAACAUCGAAUCAAAAUGAAAUUCCAGCCCAGGAAGAGCCUAAACCACAACCUUCAAUGUAUGAUACAUCUUCUAAGUACACUGCUUCUGACUCCAAGGAGCCGCUCCAUCAUAUCAAGCAUGCAUCAUUCCCUGGAACCCCUUCGCGUCCACCCCUUUUCAACUCUAAAAGCAUGCAGGAUGCAUACAAAGAAAAGUACCCUGGUUCUUUUACUACUCCAAGAGAGCGUCCCACUGCAUCACCUCUUAGUGGAGGUUCUCCUCGUCCUUCAGAAGGGUCUCAACCUGGAGAUAAGGACAGAUUGCAUCGCAGCAGCGAUGGGUCUGCGAACAAACUGAAUUCUUUUGAGGCUGCUCAACACAAUCUCGUCGACCGAUUGGUAACCAACAAGGAACGGGCUCAGAACUCUCGUCAAAAUGGUCAUGUAAAGCCAACCAAGAGUAUUAACCACCAGGUCCACAAUGAUAAGCCCACCUAUUCGUUCAAAUCGACGCCAGCCGAGACGAGUAACCCUGUCAAGAGGCCAAGUUUUGUCACUAAAUCUCAAUCUGCAUUUUCAGUUGGCGAUUCGCGUCUGAAUUCUUUGUUGUUGGAUAAAUUGAAUGCCCAUGCUAAUAGUAAUUCUCAUGAUAGCUUCUCUAUGAAACUGGAUGAUGAAAUAUUCUCUCCAACUCGGCCAAAGAUCAAUACAACAUUUUCCUCUGAAGAGUGGCACGGAAAGUUUGAAGCUGGUGGUGAUUAUUUUGUACCAGAACGUAAGAGUACUCAGAUCCCGGUUUCCUCUCAUGUCCGUGCUCAGUCAGCAAGUCGGCCAACAAGAGGUCGAUCUCCUGUCAAAAGCCGCUCAGCGGAUUCGAAACCUUUCCCGGCAUCAAGAGUCAACUCGGAUACACCAAUCGAAUCCCCUGGUGGUACUAAGUUCUCUCCAGAGGACUGGGCAGAAAAAUUUAAGCCUCAAACAUUUGCUCCUCCGUCAAUUCCAUCGCCUACUAAGCCUACUGUUCCUACACGAAUCGGGUCUCGAAGACCAAGAGUGCCUAUCGCUAAGCCCACUGUUGGUUCUGCCGCGGUAGUUAUCGAAGAUGACAGCGCAGACGACAAGCCGCUUUUUACUGGUAGAAACCCCAAACCUCCAAAACCCCCAGCUAGUCCAGAUGCAAUGGAUGUCGAUUCUCCUCCCCCAGCUACACCAGCUCCUCCACCACAAGCUGCACCACCACCAGCAGCUGCACCGCCAGCAGCCCAGUCAACACAGGCUUCGCCGCCAAGGACCAAUGUUGGACUGAAGAUCAACACCGAUCAACUCAAGAGAUCUGCAGCCCCGUCCCAAUCUCCGAUUGAUGCAGAGGGCCUGGGAGUGGAAUUUCAUGACAUGAAUCUUCAAGAUCUUCUUUCUUCCCUUAAUUUACCAAAGCCACCCAGAGCCCCGAAGUACACUCACGAAUCGAGCGAAUCAUUGUCGCAAGGUAUAUAUUUGUCGUCAUUUACAGCUUAUAUGAGUGACUGGGAUGUUUUUGCCAAGCGCAUGUUGCUACAUCUCAUCGCACGCAAAAAUCAAAAUGAUGGGCUAGGAUCAAAUCGUUGGGAAAAUCCCCAGGGUCUUGACAUCUACAGACGUGGUCUCAAAGAGGACGGAGCAGUUAUGAGUCACUGGGUCGCGGCGAUGGCGGGUCAUGAUCAAGCUAUGAAAGAGUUUGCUAUUCAUAAGGAGCGUUUCAACAUCGCAGAGGGCCAAGAGAGGGAGAGGCCAAGAAAGAAGACACACUAAUUCAAAUUUCGUGGGCACUUGUUUAAGAGUAUUACCAGUCUGGUGAUAGUACACUCCGAAUUUUUGUUAUUUGCUUAGUAUUAUUUUUCUAGAGAUAUAUUAGGAGAGAAGACGUGGAUGUGAUGGGGAAGGUUCAAUAAAUAAGAUGAAAAAAAAACGAUGGGAGGGGAUUCUGGUGAUUCUGGUAAUUAGAUGGAAUGGGUGCAUUGGUUUGUGGACAUGAUUUGGAACAAAUAAAAGGAAUUCAAUUGGUAGCAUGGUCUGGAAGUUCUGGUUCUGGUUCGACUUCAUUAUUCACGUUGGUUUCAUUGAUUUGAUUGAUUGGCUUUUGAAUGGCUUCGUUUCCAGAUACCCCUUGGGAUAAGGAUGGAUGAAUGAAUGGAUUGGCAUACAUAAUAAGUUUAUAUUUUUCAUCGAACUGCUCAAUAGAGCGAGAAGAAAGAUAUGAUACGCGUAAUUGAGGAUAUUUCAUGGACUGGAUGAAUGACUGGGAUGAAUGAAUGAAAUGAGCAUAUUGCAUACUCACAUAUAUACAUACAUGCAUACAUAUGAGAUACUCCUUAGAACAAAUAAUUUUGUAGAUUUAGUUGUUUAUCUCUUUU